GUUUUCUGUCUAUUGGCACCUAACUAGAUAGAAUAUGUGAGAUCCCCUCUUGUCUGUGCUCGCCUUGCGUGACUGCUUUUGCAAUGCUCAAGUUAAACCCAAUCUCACUUCCAAGGCCGUCAUGCCUGAGCCUGCAACAGCACAGUCGCUCAUUGACCUCAAUGCAUUGCUCGACAACCCCGUCUUCGCGGGCGGCUUCGGCCUCGCCUCCCUGGGCGCCGCGGUGGCGUUCGGGCGGAAAGGCGUCCUUAUAGCGGCAGGCAUGAUCCGGCGACGCAUGCUCGUCGGCGUCGAAAUCAGCAGAGAAGACCCGGCCUACCCGUGGAUCCUGGCCUGGCUAUCGCAGCCGCGGCCCCAGGAAACCUUUCUCGCGAAGCGCCUGACGCGCAUCAACAAGCUCUCCGUCUCGACGAGCACCAUCACCACGCCGAACGGUCCGACGCGCGCCGAUUUCCUGCUGCAGCCGGGGUAUGGGAGCCAUAUCAUCAAGCACAAGAACGCGUAUAUAUCCGUGAGCAGGCAGAAGCAGACGACGGCCAAGAUGGCGACGGGGGAGCCGCACGAGACCAUUGAGCUGACGACGCUGUAUGCGCAUCGGCAUAUAUUUGAGGAUGUCUUCACCGAGGCGCGCGCCAUUGCCAUGCAGGCCAAUCAGGGCAAGACGGCUGUCUACUCAGUCAGGAGUUUCGAGUGGGUGCCCCUGGGCGAGCCGAAGCGGAAGCGGCCAUUGGGCAGCGUCGUGCUGGACGAGGGAGUUAAGGAAGGCAUCGUGGCUGAUGUUCGGGAUUUCCUGACGCGGCAAAACUGGUACGAUGAGCGCGGCAUACCGUACCGGAGGGGUUACUUGCUAUACGGACCGCCAGGAAGUGGAAAGAGCUCGUUCAUCCAGGCCCUUGCUGGAGAGCUGGAUUAUAGUGUGUCCAUGGUCAACCUGAGCGAGAUGGGUGUCACGGAUGACAAGCUUGCCUUUCUCCUAACUAAGCUUCCAAAGCGGACGAUCUUGCUCUUGGAGGAUGUGGAUGCUGCAUUUGUCAACCGAAGAGCAAGGAGCGCCGAUGGCUACAAUGGCGCCACGGUCACUUUUUCUGGCCUGCUGAAUGCACUUGACGGGCUAUCUGCAGGCGAGGAACGCAUCGCUUUCCUCACCACAAACCACAUUGAACUUCUAGACCCCGCCCUCAUUCGGCCUGGACGAGUUGACAUGAUGGUGCGCGUUGGCGAGGCGACAAGAUACCAGGCGGCGCAGAUGUGGGAUAGGUUCUACGGCGAUGUCGAUCAAGACUCCUCUGGCAGAGAACGCUUCCUUGCUAGGCUGCAGCAGCUUGGACUAUUUGACGAAGAAGCCAAAGAUGGAAGUGCUCCGCCACGGACGAGCACUGCGGCUAUUCAAGGACUCUUCUUGUUUAACAAGAACGACAUGGAAGGGGCCAUUAACAUGGCUGAAGGCCUGAUUCCGCCAAAGGUUGAACAGGAUCAAUAGACCAGCUCUUGUAUAUAACUGUAUCACGCUUGUAUGAUACGUGAGAUACCCUAGUUUUUGCUCGAUUCUGGACUCGUGUUUGCAAUCUUGCUUUGUUUUUGAGUGCACGGGUACAGUACUGAACUUCAGAAGACUCUCAAACUUGGGACUAGAUUGGUAACUGAAUCUAAUAACGUUGUUAAACAUCC